AUGUUGAGGAUUCCUGUUUCUCGCAUACUUUUAUCACAAUUACCAAGUAGGGUUUUAUCAACCCAGGCGAAACCCUUUUACUAUCAGGAUCUCCUGGAGUUCGAGAAACCUCCUUAUGCUGACACUGCAUUUCGGAAACUUACAGGAGACUAUGUACAAACAACUGAUGUGAAUGGCAAAAGGGUUCUUGAAAUUGAUGGCAAAGGUUUAACCCUAUUAUCUCAACAAGCCAUGGUCGAUAUCGCUCAUCUUUUACGACCUUCCCACCUACAGUCACUGUCAAAUAUUCUCAAAGAUCCAGAAUCUUCAAAAAACGACAAGUUUGUGGCGCUCGAACUUCUAAAAAAUGCAAACGUUGCAGCUGGCAUGAUUUUACCUAGUUGCCAGGACACUGGUACCGCUAUUGUGAUGGGUAAAAAGGGCCAAUAUGUUUGGACUAACGAGGAUGAUGGAGCCGCCAUCUCAAGAGGCAUUUACAAUACGUACAUAAACCAAAAUCUUCGUUACUCUCAGGUCGCACCCCUGGAUAUGUUCACAGAAAAGAACACUGGGACUAAUCUGCCCGCCCAGAUAGAGAUUUAUUCAACCCCAGGGAAUGAAUACAGUUUUCUAUUUAUGGCUAAAGGUGGUGGUUCGGCCAACAAAUCAUUCCUGUUCCAGCAGACCAAAGCUCUGCUGAAUGAAAAGCGACUCUACGAGUUCGUCACUGAGAAGAUGAAGACUCUCGGAACCGCCGCUUGUCCACCCUACCACCUUGCUGUCGUAAUUGGUGGCACAUCUGCAGAAUUUAAUUUAAAGACAGUCAAAUUGGCGUCUGCUAAGUAUCUCGAUCAUCUUCCUACAAGCGGGAAUGAACACGGUCGUGGAUUCCGUGAUUUGGAGGCAGAACGACGCAUCACCGAAAUUGCUCAAAAUUUAGGCAUCGGUGCCCAAUUUGGUGGCAAGUAUUUCUGUCACGAUGUUCGAGUUAUCCGCCUACCACGUCACGGUGCUUCUUGUCCCGUCGGAAUUGGUGUUUCCUGUUCGGCUGAUAGACAGUGCUAUGGCAAGAUUACGAGUGAGGGCAUUUUUGUGGAACAGUUGGAGAACGACCCAGCCAAAUAUUUACCUGAUCCAUCAGACGUCAUGCUCUCUGGGGAUGUGGUCAACAUUGAUUUAAACCAACCCAUUUCCGAGGUCCUUGCAACUUUAAGCAAGCACCCUGUCAAGACUCGUCUCAACCUUACUGGCACCCUAAUUGUUGCUCGGGAUAUUGCUCACGCCAAGAUCAAGGAGCGUCUUGAUUCCGGUCAGCCGAUGCCAGAAUACAUGCGCAACCACCCUGUUUACUACGCCGGUCCCGCCAAAACCCCAACGGGAUAUGCUAGUGGCUCCUUUGGUCCGACUACCGCUGGUCGCAUGGAUAGCUACGUUGAUCAGUUCCAAGCACAGGGCGGUAGCAUGAUUAUGCUCGCUAAAGGAAACCGUUCCAUUGAUGUAACUAAUGCCUGCAAAAAACAUGGUGGGUUCUACCUUGGGUCAAUCGGUGGUCCUGCUGCUAUUUUGGCACAGAAUUGCAUCAAGAAGGUGGAGACAGUAGAGUACCCCGAACUUGGAAUGGAGGCAAUCUUCCGCGUUGAAGUCGAGAACUUUCCGGCUUUCAUCGUUGUCGACGACAAGGGCAACGAUUUCUUUGAGGAAUUUCAGCUGGCUCGGGUAUUCUACACAGACCAGACCGGCGUGCCCUUCGUGGACCACAAAAUGAGGAGGUUCCGCAACGUCAGAUUUGUGGCCGAGCCGGGCCACCGCCCGACAGCUAUUUUAUUAAACGAAGAACGCGGUGAAGCUCAGGAGACCUACUCCAUCGAGUUGUGGGACACUAACACCAUCGAGGAGUUCUUCCGGGAACGUCUUCUGUAG